CAGUGCGUGUUUAGGGGGAGGGAUUUUUUACAAAGCUCUUAUUGACUAAAGGUCUGAAACACUCAAACGCUCCAUUUAUUGCGUAGAUAUGUGAAACUGGGUUGCCAUAUUAACUCAUAACAAAUUCCUCUGAGAGUUUUCAACUAAUUCGACUGUCUUGUGUAAGUGGACUGCCGCUGUUGUUUACACGACUUAGUAAGAUCUGACAGGACACACAGAAACUAUUUUGACACCGGACCAAUCAUGACGCUCGUAUACAAAGGCUCUUGAAAUUCUCGAAUGUAAAAAAAUAACUUGAACAAAAGCUUGCCGUCAGUCAACUUUGUCGCGUCAAGAGGUACCACACUCAGAGUCGAGUGCACAUCGCGACAACCGCUUAUCGAUUUCAAGAGAUUUUCAAGUGUGUCUGGAAAAGAUAUGGCAGACACCUCCUUCGCGAUCCAACAGUCCAUGUCUGAGAGGAAGCCCCCUCGCAUGCCUAAGUGCGCCCGUUGUCGCAUCCACGGUAUGGUGUCAUGGUUAAAAGGGCACAAGCGAUAUUGUAGGUGGCGAGAUUGCAACUGUGCUCAAUGCACACUGAUCGCAGAGAGGCAGCGUGUCAUGGCGGCGCAAGUGGCGCUUAGAAGACAGCAGACACAGGAGGAGACCAUGCGGGUACAGAUAGCUAAGAAAGCACAGGCGUACGUACCUCCCCUUGUCAGCCCUGAACCGCAGUUUAACCACGGUGUCGCAAGAACUCACUCAGAAGAGCCACAGCCCGUGUUCUCGUACCACCGCGCUGACAGUCAAGAGCUGGAAAAGGAAGAGAUUAAAAAAACCCCGAUAACCUCUCAAUCAAAAUCUGUUGAGUCCUAUGAGGUUAAAAUCAAGGAGGAACCAGUGAGUCCGGAAGAUUUUGAGAAAGAUCACGGCUCAGAUGCUGAAGAGAACCACAAGAGAUCUUCCAUUGAUGAAGAUAAAGAACCUGAUUUCGAGCGACGAAAAGUACCCCGCCUCUCCCCCCACAGGAAAGAAACGGAAGCAUUUAAAUUUUCUUUAGAACUUCUCCAGCGGAUUUUUCCUGAUCAAAGUAGAGCCAUUCUAGAGCUCAUCCUUGGGGCUUGUGAAGAAGACCUGGUCAAAGCUAUAGAGUCUCUUCUACCGGAGAACAAUCAAAGACCAUUUAGCCUGCCUCUUCCUCUUAGAAGCUACGGUUCUGCUUCCUUUAUCCCCUGCGACGGCAAUCAGGCUAAGUCAGCGUUCUCUCCCAUCGCCAAGUCUCCGUCGUAUAUGUUUCCAGGAGCUCUUGCUGCGCAAGCGCAGUCGUUGAAGAGUCCGAACGACAAAAGCCCCAAUACACCUAGCGCAUUUCAGCCCGUUCAUUCCACGUGCAGCCCACCUGAACGUAGCCCGUCAAUGGCAGAUAGGUUCCAGUUUCCCGUCGUUGCGGGGUAUUUUUUUAACAGGCCUGGCACGUCGGCUCUUCUCUCGCUUAACCCCGCACAGCAGAGGAAUGGGGCAUCUCAGCCGGGAACAAGAUUCUGUAGGCAUUGUGGGCACCCGAGCAAAAUUGGAGACAAGUUUUGCAGUGACUGUGGCAAGUCGUUGGAGUGAACUUAAUAACGAUUGUUAGCCUAAAUAAUUUGAACUGCUGAAUAGAAUUUUACAUUACCUUUUCUCAUCUAGAACACUGGAAAAUUAAUCUAGGUGGUUCAGGAGUGCAAUGUACUGAUGGCCGCUAAAGAAAUGGGUGUGUCGUGAAGAAAGAAGUGGAGUUAGAAUUUACUGUGUGUAUUUAGUAAAUCGUGAUCGAUUCGCUACCCCUUGGUAAAGGGGUAACUGGGCAUGCGCUUGCUUGUGCAGCAUUCGACCUCGACCCCAGGGUUCCUCUCUCUCUCUCUCUCUCAUCAGGAAGGAGAAGAAUCCUAGACGCGAUGAUGGGUAUAAUAAGGAAUUUUUUUAAUGUAUUCGAUAAAAUUUGCAUUAGAGAAUGCCCUAAGAUUAACUUGUUUAUUUCAUCUACAAUAUGAUUUUAAGGGCAGCCGUAACUGUGAAGCAUUUUGGAAUGGAAAGAGAUGGUUUUCUUGCCAUCUCUGCAAAAAUAUAAAUUUCGGUUUUUAUGGUACAUUUAUUGGACUCCUGAGUUAUUUAUAGUGCGUUUGUUUGCUUGUGCAAAUAUCUGAGGUUUGAAAAUUACAGUUAUUUUUAGUAAAAUAAUAUCAUCUCAACUGAGGCAACACAAAGCUAUUGUUUUGGGA